UAUAAAAAAUUAUGGUAUAGAAAAGAAAAGACAUCAGCAUAAAAUAUAAGACAGCGGUAAUAAAUCUUUCAAUUUUAACCGAUUGAAACUAAUGUGCUUUUAUUUUUUUAUUGCAGGUAAGUUCAGCUACUAAAUCUUAUUCGUACAUUGAGGGUGAGUUGCAUCCUGUUUUAAUUGUUAAUAAUAAUAAAUUUUUCGAAAUUCUCUCAUGAUUUUUCUACAUACGAACGGUUUGCGUAAACAUCUUUAGACAAGCAACAAAAUUUAUAUGAUUAAUCUAUUACACAAAUGGUACUCGCUACAUUUUCGUCAAGUGUAACAGAUACUGCUUGUGAAAGUCAAGAAAUGAUUUCAUCUGAUCUGAAAUCUAAGAGUCGUGUUCGAAAAAUCAUAUAUUUGUCGGAUAAAUAAAAUAGAAAGUAUCGGUAUAGCCCGAGGAAGCUUUCGCCACCUCGAACCACGAUCGAUCGCGCGUCGACUGCAUCCGGCUAACGUCAUCAUCGCGUACACGUGACCAAAUUCUGAGUUUCCUGCUCUCGAUGGAAAUUGCGGCGGCAAUUUCAUGCUUACGCGUGCGUACCCGCCCGUAGCUUUUCUUGCAGUCUGCAUUGCGCCAGUGCGUAAAGUGGACGGUUUGAUCUCUAUUAUUCACACGUUCAAGUAGCAUUCCUUUUUCAUUUCUGAUUUUUCGCGAUCAGACUCUCACGAUUCAGUCUCUCUGAGUUGGACAAGCCAUUUAUUUAAUCCCACUGAGCUAAUGGCUAAUAUAAAAUUUAUUGCUGAAGUUUAGCUUCCUUUGACAUCUCGUAACACAAUCCCAUCUACUCAGCAUUCACAGAAAUUCAAUUCCGUCCCUUUUCAUCUCGCGCUCAUAAUGUGCACCAUGUGAACUACAGGCCAACUCAUAGCCGACAAUGAAUGAGAGAAAAUCCGGCGAACGGAUUGCGAAAUUGUGUAAAUCAAGAUGUUUAACAGCUGACUCAGAGUGGUCUAUAUUAAUACAGACGCUUCAAUUAGUUUGGAAUUCACCGUGUCAGAAAUGCACAGAACGUGUCACACUUUGGAAAGCUGCGCAUAACUCUCGCGUGAUUAACUCUCGAUUGUUUGUGCCAAAGGGAAACGGAAGAAAUGACCCACGAACAAACUGCGUUUGACGCAUUGCACUUGUUACCUGCACGCAUUACAUAUCUCUAUUACUUAUACUCUUGUUAUAAAAUUAAAAAUUUUUACGGAUAAACUGAAGAAAAGAUGUUUCCUAGUCUGCUAGUGACAAUAUUUUUAUAAACGUUGGCAAAUAAAAGUUGCCGAAUGUUGAAGUCAUAAGGAGUUGAGAUAUUUAUAGCGGAAAGAUGAUGUCGCGCGCGAAUACUUUCCUAACCCUGCAACUUCUGGCGAACAGCCUGACGUUGUUUAACUGUUCCCAGGCCAGACAUUUUACCUUCGCUUCCAAAAUACACUAACUGGUAUCCCGCCCACCAUAACAUGAGCGGAAACAUACCUAAGGGAUCUAACAGCGAUCCACGAAUAUCUAUUAACGAACAUUGGACAAUUAACUUUUGCGAAUUACUUUUAUAGACCCUUAUAAUUAGUAUAACGUUUAAAAUUCAUUCAUACUUUGUCGAAUCGAAUUUAAAUAUUUCCAUGAAGCACAAGCUAAAUGGUAAAUGGUUUAGAUUAAAUUUUUUUUGUUUUAUUUCUAUAGUUAACAAGAAUCUGUUGCUAAGAAGAAAACACGUGGAUUUAUCCUCACGAAAGAAAUUUACGAUGAAACUUCUUCCACGUGUACAUCGAAGCGUUCCGUGAUGCCAAGAUGUUAUGGCAUCCGGAAUUUACGUGCUUUUGGCGUGAUCUGAAUCGGAUAUUGUAGAUCAAGAAAGGGGAAGAUCGAGCAAGUUUGGCAUCGCAAAAGUUUCAACUAUGCUAUACUUUUCAUAAAGCAUUAGCCCCUUUAUAUAAAAUCGAUAAUUUAAUCUCACACACAACGAGAGAAAUCGUUUGGUAAGAUCAACUGACGUUUGGUUGAAUAGUGAUGAAUUGAAUUUUGUAGUUACUGGUACCAAAAACUCAAUUACAUUUAACAAAACUUUUUGUAAUUUGUUGUAUGAAAAUAAUUAUUUGGUUAAAGCUACAAAUUGUUUGGUCAAAACAACUAUAUAUUUAGUAAUUAUAAAACUCAUUUAAUCACUAUUCAACCGAACGUCAGUUGAUUUCACUAAACAUUUCUCUCAGUGUAUAGAAUCGAUAAUUUAAUGAAAGCUGUUGUAACUUUUACAACGGUUUUGCAGCGUUUGUAAUGUAAUAUUUUUAUCUAUCAAUAAUUGCGUUAAAGAAGGAUCAGUAUUUCUUAAUUACGGUCGAUAACUGAGUAGCUCUCGAUUGCUUGUCCAGCCUUAGCGCAAUAUCAUCCGAGCUGCUUGCGCCUCAUCCCUCUUGAUAGUUCGAUUUCGAUGUGAAUCAAAUUAAUUAAACCUCAUCGCGAUUUAGCGCACGAAAGCACCACGGUCGAUUCUUGUAAUUUGGGAGAUUCCGUUUAGUGGCUUGGUCCAGUGUCACUCGAAGUAAAUUAAGGACGGAAGAUAUAGAUAGAAAUAGACGUACGAGUGGAGAAAACGAGAUCACGAGAUGAAUGACAAAAUCGCGAAUCUUUGUAAAUGAAUCCCGAUUAAUUGGGAAUUGUUUUCGAAAGUGGCACGAAUAAUAUUACGUUUCCCUCGAGUGUACUAUGUAAUUGAAAUAUUACUUUUGCACGAAUGAUGCUCGAAUAUAAAGUAGUUCCUGUGUGAGAUGAGCAAAAAUCUAUUUUAUUAUUUUUUUUUUGUAAUUGUUUCUCAGUCUAUAAUUCUAAUUAUUAUUAACUCUAUCGAUAGAUGAUUCACAUUUAGCUGAAACUCCGGCGAGACGUCGAUUGGGAAACUAAAGCUCGCGGUGUAUUUUUAACAUCGGGAUGCUCGUCUGUGAAAGUGUCUCCACUAGUAGACUGCUUUUUGGAGAGCGUAAUCGUGCUUAGUAUCAUUGCUCGAUGGCGGAGGCUCGAGCUAUAUACGUGAUAAAAAGCGAUCGAUUAAAAUUUAUUCUACGCGGCGAAAAUCGAUUUAUGGCAGCUGAAUUUAUGCGGCAUGAUUGAAUCUCUAACAGAUAUUUAACGUGUCAAGUGUGAACAAAUUAAGUGAAAUUUACGUCAUGGUUCAUACGAAUUCGAUAGCUAUGCGUGUGCGAAAUGCAGAAUUUCGACUUUUGAUUGAUCGAUGCAAUUGAACGAUUUUUAUUAAUUUAUAUGCGCGGUUUGAGGUAAUUGACGAUGAGUAUUGGGUGUGUGUGCGAGGAUAGUGACGCGAUGAUUCAUGUCGAGUGGAUUGUCGCAAGGCUUCCGUAAUCUGAAGUGUUUAAUGAUUAGAGAUUCACGAUGCACGCUGGUAUUAGAAGCACAUUUCUCGGAAUGAGGAUGUUUCCACGCAAGAAACGGAAAUCGCCCGAGCGUGGGAAAAGGUAAUGAUUAUAUGACGCGAGUACUAAUUAUCCGUUCGACUUGCACAGCACUUGCCCCUAUCCAUCAAACACAUGAGGUAGAUCGUAUUUCACAAAUGGGAAUUGAUCGAUGACAAAUGAAGACCCAUUUCGAGCGCUAAUUUCUACUUGCGAAUUAUCUAAUAUGCACAAUUGCUUCUUUAUUAAUUACAUGGUGAGAGUAUUGCAGGCCUUACGUUGUGCAUGUAUUUUUCAUAUAAAUUAUUGUUUAAAACACAAUAUGCAUAUCUUCUGAAAAGAUGUUGUGAGUGACAAUGGCGUUACGAAAUCAAUUGGGCAGUAAGGCGUAGUAUAGGAAAUAGAGUAUAUUACGGAACAAAUCGCAAAUGGAGUGUACGAAUAUCUUAUACAUAUUGUCCGAAUAUAAUAUUUUCACAAUUUUUUUACGCAAAAAUUUUAAUUUAAUUCCAAUACUGGUGCUCAAUAUUAGUUAAAUUUUUUACUUAAAUCUGAACUAAAUAUUAGACACAAAUAGUUGUUUGCCAAAGUUAAACUAGGUUAAAAUCAAACGUCCGAUAAAUUUGUUUCUCGUAAACUCGUGCCAUCUGACGCAAGCUCUUGGAAGUCGAUAAGCCAAAAGCUCUUUGCCUUAGAGUGCUUUGAUAGUAUCGAAAUACUUUCCAUUCAGCAUCGAUUAUUUUUUGCAUUGAUUGAUUUAUUUAUAGCUUUGGUAAUAAUAGGCGCGAGUGUUGCCGAGUAAAAUUAUAACUGUGAAUUAAAAACGACAUUCAUAGAUUAUGAUGCUGUACAGGGUGUAACUCCGCUACAUCCAUUCGAAAACUUGAUUUAUCAAGCAUUAAUUACUAUUCAGAUAAAUAAAUAUAAAUUGUACUAACAAAAAUUUUAUACUGUCUACUACUAUAAAAAGAAAUUAAAAAAAAACAAAGUAUUAUUUUUUUUUACCUGCAAAAUAAAGUUUUAGAAAUCCUUGCAUUUUUGUAUAGCAAAAUGGGUGGGGUAUAUAACCACUUACGAAUGGGACAAUGAAGUAGAACAAAGAACUAAGCACUUGUAUUUUUUUUUUAUAUACUCCAUCUUUCACUAUUUACCCUGUAUACUUAUGUAUUACGAAAUAGCCGCUAAGCCUUUUACACUCCCUUUCUCCCUAAACUGAUAUCUCAAUAUAAUACAAAUAUAACGACAUAUAAUAGAAUAGUUGUAAGGAAAUUACGUUCUCUCCUAUUAUGUGUUUUACCUUUGCGGCAUAAAUCCUCGCGUGAGGCAAAUAUCGGAAUUAUCCUGCUAAAAAUGUUGUCUUAUUGAUAACAAAUUGAUACCGUUUUAGUUUCGGCUGUAUCCAUCUCUGUCACGAACGAAAAGACACUUUUUGACAUUUAUGUCGAUGUCUCGCACAGCAAUUUGAGAAUAAAAAAAAAAUUGAGGACAUUGUAGGUAUAUGUACAGAUCAUACUAAAAACUUUAUCUACGAAUCUAAUAACGAAAGUGAUGCGUAAAGUCAAAAAUAGAGAUACGUAGUGAGCUAUUAUUAACGAGCGUAAAAAAAGAACGCGAAGUUCGAAAAAGGAGCAACUAGGAAAAAGAAGAAAAAUUUUGAAAAUAACGAGCUAUUUUUCGAGAAUUUAUCUUCACAGUUUAUUGGUGAUUUCUAUUGACAUGUUGAAGGAAAAAAAUCGAUUGUGCGAAUAAUUUGCGUUAAAUAAAGCUUUUUACAUCAGCCCUAGGUGUAUUCACGUUUGUUGUACGUCGUAUUGAAAUAAAUGGAAAAAGCAUAUUCAGAGUUUAUUUCAACAUUCAAUAAAUGUGGCAAACAGUAAUGAGGAGGUCUCACAAACGGUCAUUUCUUUCACAAAGAGUUCAGAAGCGUCCUCUUAAACGCCAGCGAGGGCUUAUAACAUACCGACUUACUUAGUCGAGUCCUCACGAGUAACUUCAAAAGCUACUAUCUACGAUAAUCAUUGUUAUACAUCGAGGAGACCGUGGCCCCCUUUGCGGAUUGUGCUUUAUGAAAAUAACUUGAAAAUGCUGAUCUAGAGACUCUAGAGAGAAAAUCAUACAGUCAAUAAUAAUAAAAUCUUAUAGAAUGUGAUAAAAGAACAUGGUAAAAGUUUUUAUUUUCUUGAGGUACUUGUAAUAUUUUCUUGAGGUACUUGUAAUAUUCAAUCAAAAGUAAUAAUAUUUUAAAUGCACUUUUUUUAUCUACAUAAUAUAUUUAAUAAGUUAAAUUAAAAUCUCUUUUUUUUUUCGAAAAAUUUCAAAGUAUAAAUAUUUAUUACCCUAGACAUUUAGCACAACUUUAUACACAAGUGAGUCGAUAAUGUUAGUGCAUGUUGGCUUAUCGAACUACCGCGAAUCGAAGACGAAUGCGUUAUCUUCAUUGGUGGUACCGGCGCGUUCCAAUUCCUGAUGCCGAGUCUGGGUUACGCUGUCGAGAAGAGCGUUCCACGAUACGAUACGACACCAGUAUGACACGAAUACACACGCGAGACCGCGGUAGCGAGUAGAAAGGAAGCGAACGGCCGACCGGCUGACCAACCACAGAUACGCCUUCGGCGGUGGUUGUUUGCCAUAAGUCGUGCAGGUCAUGCACGACGGGUCAGGAGAGAGAAGUCAGUCAUACCGACGCCGUGCUACCAUUCGCGUCAGUGAUUGGUCGAACCUGCGAAAGCUCCUUUUCGAGGAUACCAAACUCGAUCGCUCGCCACGCAUAUACGUACGAACGGGCGCGCGAAACUGACUUAGACGAAGGGCUGGAAACUUAUAGGCAAGCUCGUGGAUGCUGCACACGCGGUAUCUUCGGACAAAUAUCGUUUCUCUGUCACGUGACGACGGGUGGGUAAAGGAAAUGAUUGAUGUGAAAGUAUACAAAGACCGUUUCGAAUGGUCUUGGGUCUGAGUGGUUAGUUUGUUUGGUAGCUGUGCGGCACCGUGACGCGGGCGAAUGUAUAUGAAGAAGGAGAGAGUGAACAGGGCCAAAGUAUGAGAGGAGAAUGGAAGGCAAAAAGUUUUCUCCUUUUAAGAAAGUAGACAAAAAAGAUUGUCGAAUAGUUAAAGUUUGGUUGUUUCUAAAUGACACAAAAAAAUGUGUGUGUGUGUGUGUGUGUGUGUGUGUGUGUGUGUGUGUGUGUGUGUGUGUUUGUGUGUAUGAGAUAGAAUAGAUGAUAGCAAAAUUUACUUUUAUCUUACUCGAGGGAUCUAUUUUUAAUUUCAUUGAGCAGUUAUUAGCGUUUCAAAGCUUAUAAUAUUUAAGAGUUCCUUCUGAUCGAUUAGUUGCUUCCGCUCGAGUUUUUGAUCAAGUUGGUCGCGUUUAUCGAAAUAUGUCAAAGAGUCUUUGUGGAGCUUGCUCUCAUCAGUUUGAGAGAACUUACUCGAAAGACGGGGAACAGAAGGGAGAGAGAGAGAGAGAGAGUGAAAACUCUCACUCCAGAUGAAAAUACUUUUUCGCUCAUUGUUUUUAUCCCGAGUGGGAUGAAGUAAUUCUUAACUCGAGCAAACCAUAAACGACCCACACAGGAGAUUUAGUGAUGUAAAACCGUGAGGCUCACGAAACUAAAUCGUCCUAGUUGUACAAAGUUAGUGAAGACAGUUUCUCUUUUUAAAGUGCACUAUGACUGUAACGAUCGAAGGUUGAGUUACGAGUUCUACUUAGAGUUAACGCGUCUGACUUUGUACUACUAAAUCUAAUCUCGGGAUCUACUUUCUAUGAUCUAUUUUUUUAAGAAUAAUAUAAACGUUUGAUCUUGUAUAAGAUUAAAUUUUUCAAUUUUGCACUGUGAAUUAUUGUGUGUAAUUUUCACAUUUCAGAAGCAUUUUUGAAAUUUCGAUUGCCAAUUAUUUCAAAUAAAAUUUACACAAGUAUUAUAUAUUUAUACUUAACUAAAUCUAUUCUCCAAGUUGUUGGUUUAGUUUUAAAUAGGUCAGACAUAUUUCAUUUUGUAUCAUCAUAUAAGUUAACUUUAAGGAAUUUAUUGACGGUCUCUAAAUCAUUAAACAUUUACGGUCUUAUAUUAAUUUAUUUUAUAUCCAGAAAUUUUUCAAUUAAAAUAUCAGUGUUACAAGUCAUUCACGCAUCGGCUAUGGUUUUUCAACCCCGUAAAAGGUCUGCACUUGUGUACUAAUAUUAUAUUACGUAUUUUGUCAAAACAGUUUUGCCAUAUUUUUAAACAUCUUUAGUGUGAAACGCACGAUUGCAUGGAAUCGUUGCGUCUGUCUUUGAAUCGGGGUUAGCGUGCCAGGUGAACCUCGUUUUCUGGUAUUGACCAGAUGGUCGUGGUGCUUUACAGCACCGCCAUCUUGUAACUGUCGUCGAAAACGUUGUAGCAAUUAUUUCCCUUGCGGUAGAUCAGGAAAACUUUUUUGAAAAAAAAAAAAAGGAUUUUUUAAAAAUCAAUUCGUAAUUUUCAUCGCAUUGCUGAUGACGUGUAUCUCUGUAAUCGUUGAAUAAACGUUCUUGACGCAUAAAAGAAGUUCAAAAUGCAGUUUGAUCCCGUAACGGGAAAGUUGUAUGUCGUAAAAGUUUAGUGUGAUUUUGUAGAUUAAAUUCAUUUAUCUUCCGUGAUCAAAUACAGUGGCCACAGGCGAACUUGGACGGAAUAGAUUGGCCGAUCGCCAACUCGAUCAGCGGGCUAAGUCCAACCACGUGCUUUGCUCUCGUUGUAGCCAUCCAUCGGUUGGCGGCUCAUUCCGCCGGACGCUUUUUCCUUUACUCUUGAUUCAUUUCACAAUUGAGCGUUUUGUCAUCUUCGCGUGUUUAAUCAGUUGAUAUUGUGCUGCCACUCGGCAAUUUCCAUUUGGACUAUAAGGAAUAUUUCAAAAGUGAAAGCGGGCAAAAAAAUCGUCGAUGCGAUUGCAAGAAAUAAGUAUCUAAUAUAUUGUUCAUCAUUGUAGUUGGAAAUGAUUUUUGUAAAAGAAAAUAAUUUUCUCUUUUCUCUUUUAAAUUUAUUUAUAAAUUAUUAAUAAGUGGGAAAAGAAAAGAAAUGAGAAAGAAGCAUAGAACUGCAGUGUUUACGAAUGAAAUUAUUCGUGCGUGGCUAAGGUCAGUUAUCAGAUUGGCGUGUCGGUUUGCUCGCACACCCUACACCGACUAAUCGAGGUUAUCCCACUGCCCCUGUUUCACUCUAGUGUUUCACCCCCUCCCUCUCCCCCGCGAUCCUUGUUGACCAUCUAUGCACCACCCCUUGUUGUUGGUCCGUACUGACGUCUCGUGGUCUGCGGUGCUGCCACCAAUUGCUUCCUUCGAAAAUCAGAAACGUCACGCGUGGGAUGAAGGGGGUGGGUUUCUAGUGACACGGUAAAAUCGUAGAUAGCGUGUUCACACAAAGGAAUUCAAUCGCUACGAUGUCUGGACUUUCCACAUUCAGCACUAAGCUUUUCUCGGUAACUUGAUCAUUAAUUUUCCAAAUGCGUCAUUCACAAUUAUAUGUCAAUCAGUUUACGUAACGGCGGACUAGUUUGUCGUUGGUCAUAGGUGUUUUCAGCACAGCGCAAACGAAGACGUGUUAAUUUCCUUCCUUUCUUAUCAAAUCGCGUGUUAGUCUUGCUUCGUUUUUCGAGACCGCUCAGCCUCUACUCCUAUAUUAACGCUCUCAACGUGCUGAAAACUAUUCGUCACCACCCACUCCCAAUUUCUAUACAUUGUUGGAUCGUACUUCGCACGCCCCGCGGUGCUGCCAUCGCGCGGCGGAUGCAAGGGGGCGUAUCACACAGGGAGGAUGCGAGAGGAUACGAAGGGUGGAUCGCAUCGUGUUAAGUGAGUCGGCGUGAUCGCGGGACGGAAGGAGGAUCGCGUCUAAAGCAUUAGUGUUGUCGCCGUGCACGUUGUCACGCGCAUCUCCCGCAACAGACACCUGUCACAGGACUACUCUUCUAGGGGAAGGGGGGGGGAGCUUCCCUUUCCUUCUUAUCUUCGAACGUAUCAACCUCUCCCAAAAAAUUGGAUGAGUGGCGUGUGCGAGGGUGUCCAGGGUGAAAGAGACAGUAGUCAGUAGUGACGUACGUGUGCAUGAGGAGGCUGAACAAGCCGGCGGCGGCGGCGGCGUGCCGGGUUCCGUCCCGGCUACGCGGCGGCUGCGGCGGCGGCGGGGGCGGGGGUGACGGCAAUACAUCCUUGUUAGGCCCUUCGUCAUCGUCACUUUCGCCGCGUUCGCAGAGCGUAGCGGAGCGGAUCGGUCAUCGUAGAAUCGAGAGUAGCCGAGGAGACGUGCGGAGCAGGCGGCGCCGACCGAGAGCGAGCGGAAGGUGCGCGGAAUCGUUGGCAGGGGCAGUCACGGAGAUCGGAGGAGAGGUGGAGUCAUCGCGGGCGGCGAUCAUCGCGGGUUUGAAUGGGUGGGCCGGGCGCCGGUAGGGUUACCAGGCACGAGCUGAACGCGGUGCCCCAGAGCCACGUCGGUCACGGGGAACGUGUCCUUGGUGAGCCGCCAGCAUCAAGCUGCCGCUGUCACCCUCCGGAACGAUCAUCCGGUAGCAGCACCGUCCGCCACCACUCCGCCCAGCAGCAGCUGCCACCCUCGCCGCCGCCGCUCACUUCUCUGCACAUCGGCACCAACAACGGCACUCUUUGUGCCGUCGUCACCAGCAAUAACAACCCCGCUAUCACCAUGAAUCCGAGCGACGGUAAAGCCAAGAAGGCGAAGGCCGCCAUAUCUUCGCCGCCGAAACAUCGCAACAGGGGUUUCGACCCCAACGACCCGGCGGAAUUUCACCGCUAUCGUCGCGUUAAGACGAAACAGCGAUCGCUGCCGAAACUCAGCAGCCAGGACGAGGAUGGGACGAACCCCCACACCCAAUACACAGGCGUCACACACUUCGAACCCAUACCGCACGAUCAUGACUUCUGCGAAAGGGUCGUCAUCAACGUGAGCGGGCUACGGUUUGAAACACAGCUGCGUACGCUGAACCAAUUUCCGGACACGCUGCUCGGCGAUCCGACACGGCGACUCCGAUACUUCGAUCCAUUGCGCAACGAAUACUUCUUCGAUCGAAAUCGACCUUCCUUCGAUGCCAUACUCUACUACUAUCAGAGCGGCGGCCGCCUACGCCGCCCGGUCAACGUCCCGCUCGAUGUCUUCUCCGAAGAAAUCAAGUUCUACGAGCUGGGCGAGAUGGCUACCAACAAGUUCAGGGAGGACGAGGGCUUCAUUAAGGAGGAGGAGAAGCCGCUGCCGUCGCACGAGUUUCAAAGGAAAGUCUGGCUCCUGUUCGAAUAUCCGGAAAGCUCGCAGGGUGCCCGGGUGGUCGCUAUAAUCUCCGUGUUCGUGAUUCUCCUGUCGAUCGUGAUCUUCUGCCUGGAGACGCUACCCGAGUUCAAGCACUACAAGGUCUUCAACACGACGACAAAUGGCACGAAAAUCGAGGAGGACGAAGUGCCGGACAUCACGGACCCGUUCUUCCUAAUAGAGACUAUCUGUAUCAUCUGGUUCACGUUCGAAUUAACAGUGCGCUUCCUCGCCUGCCCAAAUAAAUUCAACUUCUUCCGUGACGUAAUGAACAUCAUCGAUAUCAUCGCGAUCAUUCCAUAUUUCAUCACCCUCGCCACGGUAGUGGCCGAGGAGGAGGACACGCUGAAUUUACCCAAGGCGCCGGUAAGCCCGCAAGACAAAAGUACGAACCAGGCGAUGUCCUUGGCGAUACUCAGGGUGAUCAGGCUGGUCCGAGUGUUCCGGAUAUUCAAAUUAUCCAGGCACAGUAAAGGCCUCCAGAUCCUCGGGCGGACCCUCAAGGCCUCCAUGAGGGAACUCGGGUUGCUCAUCUUUUUCCUUUUCAUUGGUGUGGUGCUGUUCUCGUCGGCAGUCUACUUCGCGGAGGCCGGCACGCAGGACAGCUUCUUCAAAUCGAUACCGGACGCGUUCUGGUGGGCGGUGGUCACAAUGACAACCGUGGGCUACGGCGACAUGAGGCCCGUGGGAGUUUGGGGGAAAAUUGUGGGCUCGUUGUGUGCGAUCGCCGGUGUUCUGACGAUUGCUCUACCCGUUCCCGUAAUCGUCUCCAAUUUCAACUACUUCUAUCAUCGUGAGACUGACCAGGAGGAGAUGCAGUCGCAGAACUUCAAUCACGUGACUAGUUGUCCGUAUCUUCCUGGCACCUUAGGCUUGAAGAAGAUCUCGAUGUCGGAAUCCUCGUCGGAUAUAAUGGAGUUAGAGGAAGGCACCUUAUUUACUCAUCCGGAGAUUACGAAGAAGUCAAAUUGCAACCCUCGCCACAAUAACAAUAUCAAUCCAGCCUGCAUGAGCAUCGAGACUGACGUCUGACUACUAGUGAAGGAGACGGUGGCAACGUGGUGGCCGUUAUUGAGCCAGUUGUCAAAGGGCAACUGCAUCUCGCUGCGGUGCCUGACGUAGGCCUCCUUCACCCGUCAUCAUAGUCGUAAGCGGCUGGCAUCACUCGCCAGCCUGUCCAGGUCCGUCAUUGCGAGGGGCGUCUCGGGGUCACAGAAACACGCGCGAAGAAUCAUGAGGAUCGUGAUCUUUCGGGAAAGCGAUCGGGCAGCUUUUUUCAUCUGAGACGAAAAGUGGAAGAGAAGUGGGGUGGGUCCAAGGGUGUGCGAAGAGUGAGAGAUGGGGGAUAAGUUUAUAGCCCGUUCUCAAGAUAUCGUCGCCUUCCCCGCCGCCAUCUUCUCAACGAGCUUACGCCCCGCGUAAGGACCCACGUGCAAACGAAGGGGACGGGAUAUUCCUCGUUCGCGUGCGAGCGCGCGCGCGUGCGGCCCAACCCCCGACACCACCGACUCCAGUGUUCAAAACAAAAAAAAAUAAAGAUAUAACAAAUGAUACCGAUGAAACAUCAUGGCGUCUUCGUAUAAGCGCUGUCGAGUGUUCCCCCCGUUCUUACAGGCUCUUCCGACUUUUUAAAAUACCAUCCAGGUGAAAUAGAGUAGGGAGAGCCGGUAAGUAGCGGAAGCAACAAAUGGGGAUCGUACCAGAUAAUACUAUAUUAAUUAUUAUCGAUAUAAAUUAAUUGAAUAUCGUACACGUAGGGAGAGGGUAAGUUAACAAAGUACGUUUUAUGAUUAAUCGCGAAAGCGAGGGCAUGCGAGGAGAAGAUGUUGCUUGUGGAAGAGACGAAAAAGGGAAAUUGAUAAAAAGAUGUAUCAAGAACGAAGGACUGGACGAUAAUUGGACAAACAAAUCACAAAAGCAAAGAGAGAGAGAGAGAGAAAGAGACAGAGAGAAAGAGAGAGGGGAGGGGCGAAAGGGAAGGAGAAAGAGAGAAAGAGAGAUGGAGUGUGUGUACGGCAUAGACUGUUCCGUUCCUCUUAUUUUAUUUAUGUAUUUUUUUUUUAAACAAAAACAUCGAGUAAGCCAAUUUUCGAAUCUAUUUACCAUUAUAUGAUAUGUUAUCUGACAAUGGGAUUAUGUUUUGUCUUGUUACAUUCGCGCACUUGCACAUGUAAUACAUUUAAGUGCUGAUAAAGCGAUAACAUCGACAUUGAUUGAUGAAGUUGAAUCAUUUUCCAAAGAUGAAAAAGAGAUUAAUUUCAAAUUUAUUGAUUAUUGAUAACCAUAAAUCAGAUAUUUACAGAAAUAAUGACGCAAACGAUUUUUAUGAUAUCUACAGAUUACAAAAAUUACUCUAGCAAUUUUGAAUUGCACCCCCGCUGCUUAAAAUUUUUAACCUAAAAUGAAUAAUGUAGAUUGCAUUUUUUAAAAAGAUUAUUUAUCGACGUUAAAAAAGAAUCACAAAAUAAUUUUAUUUUACGCUUAAAGUUCUUAUCACAUAUAAAAGUUAUUAAGUCUAUUCGCUUAUUGAAAGUUAUUUUCACGCUACAACACGAAAGGAAGCAGAAGCUAUGUAUCAGUAGUAAGUAACGGGGGUGUACUUAUUCGUCUGAAUAGCGAAUUGCGAGAUGUUAUACAUUGGAUACGAGAUGUCAUGGAUUGGAUAUAAAUACGAAGGUGCGAGCAAUUGUAAUGAGAUAAGAAACGUCCAAAAAAAAAAAUAAUAAUAAUAAUAAACAACCGAAAAUGUCUGCCGAUGGCGCGCGAAUUUAUGCCCAAAUCAUAAUUUCAAUCUCUCAACUUUACAAUUUGAUAUUUCUGUCCUCGAUACGUGCGAUAACGAUUUUUCGAAAAUUGUGGACGAUUGCUUGCAGAAGCAAAAUAGUGAUGAUGACAAUUAGCAUGCACAAGUUGGAAAAAAUGUAUGUUAAUGAUAAUUCAUACAUCACGUUCUUCAUCUUUAUUAAAGCUCAAAGAUGGAAGGAUCACCGUGUGAUUCUUUCAAAAAUAAUUUUUGAUUAAGCUAUCAAAGGUAUUUCUUUGAUAAUGAAGAAUAGAAACUUGUAAAAUGUUGAGAGAAAGCUUACAUAGCUUUUAUAGUUUUCCUCUUCCUCUCUUAUAAGUAAAGUUUUUACGGGAUUAGUAUUUUUUAGUAAAGCGGUUUCUAACUUGUUCAAAAAAAACGAGUGACGGAAAAAAAGAGAAACCACUGUUUCGAGCUAUUAGUUAAAACGGUAAUGUAAUUCGUGUCAAAAAGGAAGAGGAAGACAUGUGAUAUUGAGAUAAGUUACUGUCUGGAGAACGCAUGCCAAUCGAUCCUCGCACCCAAUCUCACAGAGAGUUUUCAAAUCUGUUUGUUUUUGUUUCCGUACGACGAAAGUACAUCACAGAAUUGCCAAGACUGCCAUUUCACAUGUCUCGAUUUAUAUUGCGCCAAGGAGUUACCCCAAGUACAUUCUAUGGAAUCAAACCGAUCCGAUCCGAUCGAUCUUCGAUGUGCUGAUUUGAUCUAAAUUCCAAAGUCGACUCGUGGGACGUAUCUUCGCUCGCAUAGAGUUCAAGAACACAAAAGAGGAAUCCGCAAAAGAGAAAAUACAAAAGUUACUGUUCCAUUUCUCAAAGUUAUCAAUUUUCGAUGGCCGUUUAAUUCAAUAAAAAAAAAUAAAAAAAAAAUAAAGCCGUUCACAUAAACGUUUUCAGUAUUCUUUCGUUACGCGUUAUACUUUCCAUUGAUUGCCAUAAAAAGUUAAGCUUUGUUAACAAUGGAGGCUAAUUAAAAUUUGCGGAAUAAAGAUUUCAUUUAAAUAAUUUGCAUUUGAUACUGAAGGAGUCAACUAUUUUUCGUUUAGAAUAAAGAAAGAAGAAAUGCAAGGCAUGUAAUUUAAGGCUGAUACAUAAUGAAAAAUUUAAAUAAAAUAGGGACGAGAAUUAAAAAAAUUAGUCAAUAAUACUAACUUAAAGAAUAAAGAAAUAGUUCUCUUUAUUCAGUAGUGACACACACAAAAAAUAAAUAAUUGUGUUGUCGAACGGCAAAAUCAACGGAAUAAUCUCAAUAUAAUUGUCAGUCUUUCAUAACGUAAAAAUUAGUGAGAUGCUUACCAGAGGCAUUUAAUUAAAAUAUAAAUAUGAUUGAGAAGUCGGGUAAUAUUAAUGUUCUCCGUUUUUAGGGCGGAAGUAGUCUUGCACUGUAACUGGUGAGAAAGGAGUAUAAGGAUCGUAUUGAUCUUGGAUAUUGAUUCUUCAUUCGUUCUUUAAUGUUUGCUGAUACCAAUUUAUAUUGGUUAUUCUUCUAUUUCAUUGUGUAUCAGCCGUUUUAGGCAAGCAAUCAAUUCUGUGGAAAAUGACGAAGCAAGUAACUAAUCCAAAAGGGAAAAGGAAAGAGAAAACAAUUCGAUUUUAUUAGGUAAUUUUAGAAGUGGAUUUAACACAGAUGACUGAUCUCGUCUUUUAAUAGACACAAUAUUGAUAAUGCAAUUUUAGUCCGCAGUAUGAUAGAGAUUGCAAAAGGAGAUAGAGAAUAUGUGAUGUGUAUGCGCAGGUAUGUGUGUGUGUUUUUGAAAUUGCGAGUGAAGAGUAAGUGAAUGAAUGAGCGAAUAAACGAGCAGGUGACUAAGCGAAUGAAGGAAUGAAUGAGAGAGAGAGAGAGAGAGAGAGAGAGAGAGAAAGAGAGAUAAAAUAACAUUACUGAUACAAUAUUUACACAAAGAUUUACGUUACACGCUUUCAAUACUCAAACCUUUCGCCUCGCUGAUUUAGUCCGAGAAGAAAACGUAUAGAAGUUAUAAAAAAACAAAAUAUAAAAAAAUUACACAUCAAACUACCAGCCUAGUUAAAAUCGAGAAAAAAAAGAAUCAGAGAGAAAGGGAAUGAGAAAGGCAGAAAAUGCGUGAAAGCAAGAGAGUGAAGACGUUUCAUAAAUGAUAAAUUUAUUACUACUACUAUUAUUCUUACUACUAUCACUACUGCAACCACUACUAUUAUUAUUACUACUACUAUUACUUAUCACUACUACUUACUAUUAUUAACUACUAAUUACUACUACUAUUACUACUGCUGCUAUUACUAUCAAACAAAAAACAUGCUACGGUGAAGUAUUUAGAUAACAAGAAACUUCGUUAGGCAGCCAGUAGCCAUUAGAGUACACGAAGAUAGCCAUUAGGUGGCAAACUACAUCAUCGUUGUUGCUGCGUCGGAAUUAUCAAUAUUCGUAUCAAAAUUCCAAGUAGGAAUCGAUCAAGCCAAGGCAGUUGUACAUAGUCAGUUGAACAAACACGAAAAGUUGCCAGAUAGAGAAAAUAUUAUAAAAUACCAGAUGCGUUAUUCCGUUUUCGAUUUCCAUCGGCAGAUCUUUGUCUAAAACUAAAUACGAAGAGUGGAGCUCUUGUGACGAGCUUUCAAAGAGCGAAUAAAUUCUUUUCUGAUUUUUUUUCUCAUUUCCAAAAUUAUUCUCAUUGAAGUUGCUCGUAAAGAGAGAGAUUUAAAUUCUAAUUAUGUGAUUUUUUUAACGUUUAACUUAAUUGACUCAUUCUUUAAACUAAUUAGACUAAAAUAUAGGACAAAAGUUGGAUUACUCUAAAAAUUAUCUAUCUGUCAAGAAAUUACAGGAUAUUGAAAUCGUAUAUGUAGGUUAGUAACUUGAAAAUUAUUUUCCAUCUCUAAAACUAAAAUUGUCUUAUUAAAACGAAAAUCUAUUAAAUUUCCAUUAUAUUGUGUACUUUUAAUUACGCGAACAAGAAGAAAAAAAACGAACAAAAUGUUGCAGCGUAAUUUACAAUAAAUUUUGAAUUCAUGCACCAAGAGCAUGAAAAUGGCUUUGACGCUUUACAAAUGGCACGGAAUGAGUGAGCGGGAGUAGUCGCCGAUGUAUUUUUCUUUUUGUCAUAAAAUUAAAUCACUUAUCUUCUGUCUUGGGUAAAGAAGGAAAGGAACAUUUCUUUCAAUGAUCAUCCUCUUCACAAUUCUAUAAAAAAGAAAUUAACGAAGCGAUUGUUGGUUAUCAAAGCGUCUCCUCCACCAAUAAUCCAAUGAAAGAGAUAGAAAAAGAAAAACCGGACAAAAAGCAUGAAUGAAAAUGUAUAAACGUGGAAAGAGAGAGAAAGCAAGAAUGGAACUGUAUGCAUGAGAAUGAGCGAGAGAAAGAAAAAAGAAUUACUGGUGAUGAAUUAUGCGAGUCGAAGAUGCAUUCCGAAAUAACUAGGUAAAAAUUUUAAAGAGAAAAAAGAACUAGUCUCGCUAUGAAGCUAGAAUUAUAUUCCGCUAUUGUUAUAGAAUGAGAUAAUUCGUCAUUAUUAAUUAAUUAAUGCGAGAAGGAGAUGCGAAGAAGAGAUAAUCGGCGUACCGCCGAGUUCUUGAGUAACCAAAAGAAUAACUAAUAGUAAUAAUAGUAAUAAUAAAAUAACACAUAUGGUAAUCAGGCUGGGCAAGAUAUUAUUAUUCCAUGAAGACAAAGUAAAUAAAUUUAAAAAGCAGGUUGGAGUGCCGGCACCACUCUCGAGCAUCCCCCGUCCUUUCUGGCCCCUCUCUGGAUUGUCACGAUCGAUCCUACCUUGCUUGAUCUCGUACGAUCAACAUUAUCGAAUUAAAAUAGCAAUAAACUGCUAAAAUUAAUCGUAUCGGAUCAUGUAAAAAUAAUGAUUGCAGAUUGUAUUACAGAUGUAAAAUCGAAAGGUAGGAUCAAUCGUAAUGAAUCCUUGCGCAUUUAAAGAGAAAUAAGAGUUUUUAUGGCGUAAAAGAUGCUCGUACGCCGCUGUGUAAAAAGAAGAAAACAAAAGAAGAACAUAUUAAAAAAAAGUUGAUGAAGAUGAGAAAUAAAAAAAAGCAAGUGCGAGCGCUCGUAGAUCGAGAUGAUCGCUUUCAAGUGAUAUAUUUAGGUAUUAUAUGGGUUAAAUAUAUUAAAAGACGCUGGAAAUAACAUAGUAUAAGAACUAAAGCGAAUGUUUGUUAUCACUCGGAUAACGUUUUCGACGAUUGAUUUAUGCCGCGAUGAGUAUUAUGUAAAUGCAUGUAGAUAUAUCAUAUACAGGGUGAAUCGUGAAGCGCGGAAAUCAGUAGCAAAAUUAUAUUCUUCGAUGAAUAUGUGUACAGUUAAGUUUAUUUAAAAAUUUUUAAAACUAUGCUAUAUCUAUCACAGAGCUUUUAUAAUCUCAACUUUAAAUAACUUGCUAAGCAAUGCGUUGAAUUUUUUCUGUCCAAUACAUUGAUUCGCGCCGCUGAAAUAUCUUUAAUAAUCUUAUACAGUUACGCAUUUCGUAUCAAUUCCUCCUCGAAGAAGUGACGUUUCCAAAUUCAUCGUGGAAUAAGUGCCUGCUACCGGCUCUCAAAUUUAACGAAAUACCCUAUAUAUCAUGUACAUGUGUGAUAUAAAAAAAAAAUAUAUAUAUAUAUACAUACGUAUAUACUGAAUAUGUAUAUGUAACAGAUGCCAGGAGAAAACACGGGGCAGAUAAAUCGCAGGGAAAAAAGAAAACACGUCGCGUUCGACACUUUGUGAAGAGACGAAGAGCAAUUCGUUUUGGGAAGAGUAGAAAGUACUAAUAUUAUUACGUAUACAUAUACAUACGCAACAUGAACACAUAAAACAUACACGACAUCCAAGAAUGACUUGCGAACAAGCUAUUUAGUAGGCUAAAUCUAAAAAAAAGAAAACUCAAAAAAUAUAUGAAGAAUUUGUAACGUGAGGGCUGCAAACGGUGGCGGCCAUCCCUGCCAUUACUAGAUCAACAUCAGAAUCCGUUUUGUGAAUUAAUUAAAUCAAUUAAUUAUUGAUCAAGGACUCGUUUAUAUAGUGUUGAGCACUGUUUUAAGUGCUUUUCAUUUUUUGGCUGUGUGAAGCUUAUACUAACGUAAUUUAAUGAGAAAAGGACAUAUAAUUAUCGUAUCAACUUCAUACAAUCACUUUCAAAACUUUUCUGAAAAAUGGAAAAAGAUAAAAGAAAAUGUGCAAAAAUUAAAGUGUGUCAGAGAGAGAAGGAAGGAUGAGUGAGAGAGAAAGUGAGUGAAUGAGUGAGUGAGAGGGAGAGAGAGAGAGAGAAAAAGAGAGAGGGCUUUAUGAUGCAUCGAGAUCGCGGUCAUGGAAGAAAAUGAAAGAGAUAGAAAAAAGGCUAAUAAGAAAAGAAAAAUUGGCAACAAACAUUUAUGUAAAAAGUUAUUAAUAAAUUAAUUAUUGGAUAAAAUUAAGUAAUAAUUAAAAAUAAUAAUAACGAGUAAUGAUUAAUGAAAACUAAUGAGGUUAUAUUAAUGAUAAUCGAUAAGUGUGUGUGUCACGAACGCGCGCCACGUUUCCUUCGCGAUACGUUAUAAUAUAUUAUUAUAAAUGAUUCCGUAUCUCCGUUUGUACGCAUUUUAACAAAGAGAGAAAGAAAGAGAAGGAGGAACAAUGAGAAAUAAUAAGCGAAUUACUACAGAAUACAUUUAGUGGUGUAUAAAUAUACCAAAAGAUACUAUAUACUCUUAACGGUACUAGCUCACAAAUAUCCUGCCGAGUUGCCCCGAGUUAUGCUAAGAACCACCUGGCACGUUUUCACAAACAAAAGAUUUAUUAAGUUUAUAAGCGCUAAGAGAAGUUAAGUCCAUCGCCUUAUUCAGAAUUAAAUAAAAACUAUGAAUAAACGGAAGAGAAAGAAAAGUGAAGAAAAAGGAGAAGACAAUAGAAAGAAGUAGUGGAAAGGGAAAAAAGGAAAAGUAAGAAAAUGCGAAGAAAUCUAAAGACAAAAAUGUGGAAGAAAAUUAAAAAAAUCUACGUUAUAAAAGAGCUGAGCUUGAAGUAAGAAAAGACAGCACAUGUAACACAUAAUCUAUUUUUUGCUUGCGCCACAUACACAUACACACACAACCACACACACACACAUACACACACACAAUAAUCCUACGAAUUAAUUAUCAUGAUUAAAAAAAAUAAAUAAAUAAAGAACUGCUAAUUUUUCUAACAAGUCCGCGGAUGCUGCUGGAAGACGACUGAUGUCCUACGUUUUCCUGCGGCAAUGUUUUGUAAAGCCACUAUUUCUAUAUUGCGCAACAAGUUGCUGCGUUCCAUUAAAUAAAAGAUUGAGAUGAAAAAAUUCAGCAUAAUUAUUUGCCAAUUUUAGCAAAGCCACGCAAUUAGAGGAAAAAAAGAAGGUAUAAAAUGGCUGUAAUGUACGAGACUCGAUAAUGAAUUUGAUAACGAAUAACUAAAAAAUGAUCUGUGAUAUGAGAAAUAUUAUAAUUCUUUGGAUAAUUCGAUAAAUUUCAUUCUCUUUGAAACCUUCGAGAAAUUUGGAUGAACCAGAGAUUCGCAAAAUUUUGUUUCUUCGUGCAAAUCCUUGGUGUCUAGAUCUAAAUCUUUCUAUCUAUUUCUUUUUAUCUAAAUACUAUCAAUUUCUGAAUUUGGACUUUUUUUCACACUCGCCAUAUUCAUUAUCGUGACUCGUGCAUCUUUUUACGGUAGAUUGAAAACUGACGGAGAUCAAGUUCCGUUAGCCGGGUACCAAGGCACUCAGGGCAAUGAUUAAUAUCAAUCUUAUUUAUACAAUGAUCUAAGCUAUUUUUGUUGUACGCGUUUAUUACACUGAAAGAAAUGUUUAUUAUAAUAUGCUACGAAAAUUUACGCGCAAUAUCGAAUGCAUCCAUAGCUAUUAAACGAAAUAAACAGAUAAAAAGCUUUUCUGAUUCUUAAUAAUUCUCAUUCUUCGAAAAAAAUCACGCAAUUCCUAAUAAAUGAAACGUUACUUCAUAUUGUUAUGCCACGCUCGAAACUUUCAUGAUUUAGCAAUAGACGAUUUAUACAAAAUAUUUUUUACGUUUCUCCCUUUUUCAUUCUUUUACAUCAAUUUUUAAACAUAUAAAUGAUUUUCACAUUCUACAUAAAGUGCACAAAUAAAUAAUUGAAAGAGAAGCUAACGAUAUGAAAUUAUGUCUUUUCGCGCAAAUUAGGAUUGCCGUCACGUUAGUGAUUUAUUGAUGAUAGAGCAUGUAAAAACUAUAAAUGAGAGGAUCGGAAAGGAAAUAGUUCAAAGGGACUGAACAAGAGCUUUUUAUAAAAGCUGCAUACAUUGGAGAAAAUCACGCGUGCUCAUUGAAUAUCACGACAAGCAUAUCUAAUAAUACCAACACCAAGGAAUACUCAUAGAAAAAGGAAAAAGAGAAUUUGCCAUUUGCUAAAAAAAAGGGGGGGAGGGGGAUUUAAGAAAGGGAAUUAAAGAAAGGACGGUAUCUUGGGCGAGAGAAAAUAAAAAUCUCUUUCAUGUACAUAAAAGAAAAGUAAGAAAAUUACGUUUGUUAUAAAUUGAUACACGGGUGUAUUGUUACGACAUCUCAUUAUUAUGUUCAUCGAAUCACAAAAAAAAGUUGAUAGGGACUAUGUACAGUUUUUGGGAAUAAGUGCGAUGAGAAUCGAUCGAGACACAUUAAUAUUGAAACGAAACGAUCCUUAUCCACUAGCUGUGUACUAAGGGCAGCUACGUAGUGUUUAUAUAGUCCGUUUGUUAAUGUUUCAGAUACUUUAUUAAAUGUUGAUAUAAUGCUAUGUACUGUAACAUUCCUUAUUUGUGCCGAAACCUGUUUAACGUCUUUAACCCUUUAUAAAUUCUAAAAUGUUUUAUAUUAUUUUUUUUAUCUAGUUAUACAUUACUUAGCGAGUAAUGCUAAUUUAUUUUUAAUAUAUAAAAGAUGAAAAAAUUACUUUUUGAAAUUUUUAUUUCACUAAUCAUUUAUAUUUACGGAAUAAAUUUUAAAAAAUUAUAAUUUAUAAGAUUUAAUCUAAGUUAAAUAAUAUGGAAAACUUAGAUUGUGUUACAAACAUUACAAUUUCUCAAAUUAUAAUUUAUAAAGAAAGUAUUGUCCUAUAAAGGGUUAAAAAUAAAGCACUCCACCCGUGUUAGCCAAUUGAUUGGUCAACUGUUCAUUAGCAAUCAUUAGAAUAUAUGUGAACAUAUACUGGGUAAUUCGAAUGUACUCGCGAGAACUUUGAAAAUCGAUUAGAUGAUUCAAAGAUUCUAACAAAUUACCAUACAUGUAGUCUUGUGCGUAUAAGUCUACACGUAUUCCAAUUAAUUAACUUAGUCUUUUCUCGCUUUGAACAGUUUAAAAUGCAUGCAAAGUUUAUGAGGGUAUUCGAAAGACCUGGUACAGAAAUAGUUAUACUUCAAGAUAUUCUCGUAAAUCGAAUUGUUGUGAUUUGCGAAAAAACGAAGAAGGAGAGGGAAAUGGAAUAAAUGUGAGAGGCAAAUUCUGAAAGGAUGGACAUUGGAGCGAGAGAUUACUUUAACGUUGCGUAAAUUUUUUACUAUAUAUGUUUUUUUUAAAUAUUAUUUCCUGUGCGUUAUUUUAAAAAAUGUAACUUCAAGAUGCAAUUAGAGAAUAAUGUAAAUUUGCAAUUUUUUUCAACAACUCGUUGAUUUAACGCGGUUGUUAGUGUUUUUAUUAUUGAUAUAAGAUAAACGAAUGAAAAGAAUAUUUGAUCUUAUUAAUUUCGAGAUAGCUGAGUGCAACUCGCGCAAUUUAACCGUUUGACUGCUAAAGUAUAAAGUAUAUGUCUUUUUUUCAAUUUUGAUUCACGUUACUCUUACAUUAAAUCUAUAUAUACAUAUGGUUUUAUUUUUUUAUUACGAGAAGUUACAAAAAUUUGAAUUUAUCUGUUAUUGAUUUAUAUUGAUUUAUACUUUUAAUGUAUUCCAACUUUUAAACAUUUUUGAAAUAUUUCUUCAAAUAGAGUUCUCUUGUAUUCAUAUAAUUUUACACUGCAUUAUAUCGAUUUAAUUACAUUUUUCAGAAUCUGUGUAUGUCAGCGACAGUUUGUGUUAAAAAUAUGUAAUAUAAUAUAUAUUUUAUUAUAAUAUAUUAAAGAUUCUCUCGCGCUCAAACGGUUAAUUGGAAACUCCGAUUCGCAUAACUAAAGAGUUCUUCGCUGCCAAUUACUUAUUAUUAAUUAGAGAUAGUCCGAUGCUAAGCGAUCGCUGAUAUGAAAUCAAAUGAAUGCUUAGCCGCGCUGAAAAUUUUCCAGUUGUAUGCAAGAAGAGAAAGUAAAACCGAUUUCACACGAUUAACAUUCUAUGAUUUGCUUCUCAUACAAAUGAUAUUAUUGCAUUCGCAUGUAAAAAUUUUGGUUUUAAACUAUUAAGUUCCUUGUGGACUAUCUCUGGUUCCUCGGAGUUGUAGAAUAUACAAAUCAAAUCAUUGCUAAUGUUUGAAUGUAAUUCAAGUGUAAUCUUGUUGUCAUUAUACGAUACGAUUGCGAUAGAGUCGAUUGGAAUUCAACUGUAAUCCAAUUGCGAUCUGAUUUCAAUCCGAUUGCAAUUCGUGUGAGAUCGGCAUUGAACGAUGAAAAAAUCCAUGCGGCACAUUUGCUAAUAGUUGCAAAACACUGAAAGGAUCGCGAAUGAUCCUGAGUCCGUAUAGGAAUGGCAACAUAACGAUAUUUCUUUUUUUAAUAUCGAUUUUUCUCCAACUUUAGAGAUGGCAGAAUAAUACUGAUAUAUUGUAGAAAUAUACAUUUUUUGUUAUUUUUAUUGCUAAUAAACUGUAAUAAUAAUGAUGAUUUAAUUGACGAAAAAUAUUGAUUUUUGCCAUUUCUAAAAGUGGUAGUAUAAUGUCGAUAAUUAAGAAAUAUCGAUAUGUAAUUUGCAAAAUCUUAAUAUUGCCAUUCUUAAUAAGCCCAUUUAUACACGCCACGAGAAAACGCUCACAAAUAAUUUAUAACAUUUUAUAAAUAAAUUGGCAUAUCAGUGAGAGAGAGACACAGAGAGCGCAUGUGUAUGUAUGUGUGUACGUGUUGUGUGCGUGUAUGCCUGUAUGCUGUAGGAGAUAUCUUCUCUUCAAAACAGAAAAAAUGUAAGAUAUAUGUGAGCAAAAGAAAAUGCAUGUGAAAGAAACUUAUUGUUCUCACUUCUUCAUCGAUGAACGCUCUGCUGGUUUGGAGCGUGAUCAUAUCGUUAGUGUAUAAGUCUGUAUGUGACGCUGUUAAUUAUUGUAAUAUAAAAAAAAAGCAGGAGAAAACGGCGCAAGAGAAAAAAGAAAAAUAAUAUAGGAAGUUGUUAUUAUCACAGGAGGAUUACGUACGUAGGAAGAUCAAAUGAAGAAGAAGAGGCGUGAUAUUAUUUGUCUCGUAUUACUGAGCAUGCUUAAAAGGGAUAGUUUUUUAUAAACCAAGACUUUGUUUUCUACUUUCCAACCAUCGUAACCUGCUCUCUCCUCCUCCUUCCCGUACUUCAAUGAAUAUUUUCACAAUAGAAAUAUUGAACUCUAUCCAUUUGUGUUACGCGAGCUAGACCGCUUUUUACAAGAGAUGGAAAAAGAAUAAAUAUGAAUGAGUGAAUGGAAGGAAUUGAGAGGAAGAAAGAGAGCGAGCUAGAGAAUUUGACAGAAGAAAAUGCGACAGAGAGAAAUAAAGAAUAAAGAAAAGAGCACACACAAUUAAAAAUUAAAAAGAGAGCAAAUUAAUUUGAUGAGGAAAAAUAAAGAAUAUAGAAAAAGCAAAUUAUAGAAAAGAAGACAAAAUAUGUAAGCGUGAGUAAGGAUGAAUGAAUGAAUGAAUGAAGUGAGUGAGUGAGUGAGUAAGUGAGUGAGUGAGUGAGUGAGUGAGUGAGCGAGUGAGCGAGUGAGUGGGUGAGCGAGUGAGUGAAUGAGUGAGUGAGCGAGUGAGUGAGUGAGCGAGUGAGCGAGCAAGCGAGCAAGUGAGUGAGUGAGUGAAUGAGUGAGUGAGUGAGUGAGUGAAUGAGUGAAUGAGUGAGUAAAUGAGUGAGUUAGUGAGUGAAUAAAUAAUCGAGGGAGAAAGAGAGAAAGAGAGAAUGUGUAUGUAAAGAAACAAUUGCACCUCGACCGAAUUUAAAUCUAUGAUUUCCUCUCACACCUCUGCGCAGUGUUUUGGGCCCUUCCGUCCAAUACGCGAUGUACCACUGUCAUAAUUUAUUUAAUUUUUGCAAGUCUACGUACAAUAAAAUUGUUAUUGCUGAAACGAUAAGUAUGUAAAAUAUAUAUACUGUACAUUUUGACCUUCGUUCUAAAAAGCAUUAUUAAGGUCUCGCUGGACCAGGAUUCCUGCCGUCCUGGCGUGUGUUGUAAUUGUAUAUGUACAUAUACAUGCGUAUUUUUUAAUAUCAGACGGUACUUUACUCAAUAAUUAGGGUCGCUUAUUAGAGGGUAUGUAUAUUUAUAUAUAAAUAUAAAAACAUCAGGUACAUAUAUGUGUAUAUAAAUAUAUAUACGCAUACGCGUGCACGUGCGCGCGCGCGCGAGCGUGCGCACGAGUUCGUGCACACGUGCACACACAUUACGCGAUAAAUGAGAGUGGCAUUCCCGACGCCAUUAUCUGCGAUAAACGAUCUUCGAAAGGAAUAAAGCACUUUCACGUAA